GAGCCGGAACCAGCUGAACAGCGAUACGGUUUUAUCUUCUCUCUCGUUGUUGUUUGAGAUGAGAUGGAAGAGCAGAUAAACCUAACCAUGAAGCGCACAGCGUAAGCUUUCGAAUUCUCUCAACACUGGAGCCACGAACUACAACUGAGUUGACCGAACAUGAUUCGAAACGGAUGCAUUGUGCACCAAGGGUAUGCCCCUCUCAAUACUAGGCCUUGCAGAGGUAGUAGCUCUGUCUUCAGUUGCGCUUCUCAACUGCCUGCUAAGGUUGCUGUUUCAAAUAUCCGGAGUUCAUGGGGACAUAGUUUGGAAAGUAAAUCCUUGGUUCCUCGAGGAAUUGCAUUGUCAAACAUGUCUAGUGCAUCUAGCCUACUUUUAAGUGGGGGUCAAAACCUAUUGUUUCGUACUGUCCCUGUGUUACCACCCAGGGUGCGCAAGUCUUCUAUGGCCCCUCGAGCAGCGAAGGAUGUACCGUCUAGCUUCCGUUUCCCUCCCAUGACAAAAAAACCAAGAUGGUGGUGGAGAACACUAGCAUGCCUCCCUUACCUCAUGCCUUUACAUGAGACAUGGAUGUAUGCAGAGACAGCGUACAACCUGCACCCGUUUUUGGAAUUCUUUGAAUUCUACACAUACCCUUUUCUUAUGGCAAUUGGUAGCCUGCCGAGCUGGUUUCUCAUGGCGUACUUUUUUGUUGCAUAUCUUGGAAUUGUGAGGAGAAAAGAAUGGCCUCAUUUCUUCAGGUUUCAUGUGGUAAUGGGAAUGCUAUUGGAGAUAGCCCUGCAGGUUAUAGGGACUGUGAGCCGUUGGAUGCCAUUGUCACUCUACUGGGGUAAACUAGGAAUGCAUUUCUGGACUGCUGUUUCUUUUGCUUAUCUCUUUACUGUCAUAGAGAGCAUAAGGUGUGCUAUUGUCGGUAUGUAUGCUGAUAUCCCUUUUAUCUGUGACGCUGCAUAUAUCCAAAUUCCAUAUGAUUAAUGAGGAAGAUGUAAAAAGUUUACAUUUCUGUUAAUUGUUGUUGUAUCAGAGUUUUUGUUAAGGGGAACUGAAGAACAAGUAGUCUUUUUAGUAUUUAUUUGAUGUUUAUGAUUUUUCUUA